AUAUCAGCAAGCGUUGAAACUAGAUUUAUUAUAUCCAAAAAUUUAUUUAAAAUGCUCAAAGAUUUCUAGUUUUCCAAAAAUUUUCGAAGUAUAAAUGGAUGAUCGGAGAACGGAGCGUUUACCGAGAUGGUGGUCUGGAGGUGUUUGCUCCGCCGUGGCGGUCACUACAACACAUCCUCUUGAUCUUGUGAAAGUUCAACUGCAGACACAAUCAGAAAAAGUUCCUGUAAGCCAGAUUAUUAAGAAAAUAUAUAAUGAAGCAGGCAUACUUGGGUUUUACAACGGCAUAUCAGCUUCGUGGUUCCGCCAGCUUACUUAUACAACUACACGCUUUGCUGUAUACGAGUUUGGUAAGAAUUUCGUGGAUGCUAAUAAUCUUGGAGCAAAAGUACAGCUAGCAACAAUAGCAGGAGUAAUUGGGGGCCUAAUUGGGGUUCCUGGUGACGUCGUAACAGUUCGGUUACAGAAUGAUAUUAAGCUUCCACCGGAGAAGAGACGAAAUUACAAGCACGUUUUCGAUGGUUUAUAUCGUAUUGCUAAAGAGGAAGGUAUUAAUAAUCUUUUUCGUGGAGCAGUUCCAGCCGUAUCACGUGCUGUGCUCUUAACAAUUGGCACGAAUGCAGCAUAUGAUCAAGUUAAACAAAUUCUAAAAAGUUCAUUUAAUAUUAAAGAGGGCCUCCCACUUCACUUUCUCACAUCAUCGAUAGCAGGAUUUAUUGGUACACUAAUGACUCAGCCUUUAGAUGUUAUCAAAACAACAUAUAUGAAUGCAAGACCUGGCGAAUUUACGGGAAUAGGAGGCGUGACACUUUACAUUGCAAAACAAGGCCCACUUGCUUUUUAUAAAGGCUUUAUUCCUGCCUUAAUGCGAGUCAGCCCCAAUACUAUAAUUACUUUUAUGCUGUAUGAGCAAGCCCGUUUACGAUUUGGUUAUUUACCUUUGGAGAAAAAACAUGAUAAAUAAAUAAAUAUAUAUAACGAACUUGGACGGUAAUAUUAUGAAACGAAAAUAAUAUGACUGAACAUGAUAAUAA